AUGUCGCUGCCUUGGCGGCCACAAUGGUCCUCGGACCAUGCUGCUUUGGCGCCUGACGAUUCCUUGUUUCAAGAAGCAUUGAAAAAGAUGCGUGCUGGGGGAGCGCCAGGGACGGCGGCUGACCUUAGCCCUGCGUCUGGAGUCCUUGACUUCAAGCCAGUUGAAGGAUAUGCAGACAAUCUGGCUAAUGCUGUCAAGAAGGCAGUGCAAGACUGCGGCAAUUCUUGCCUCGUGGGUUGGUUAUGGUUCGUUCAUGCCAGCCCUCCAGUAGCCUCCCAGCAAGAUGUGGAGGCAAACAUCAAAAAGACGACCCGCGUCUUUGUCACUGAUUCAGCCGCGGCAGAGCUGCUGGUGUCGAAUCUCUUAUCUGCGGCGCCGUCCCUAAUUAUGCGGAAAGCUGUGCUGUGGAGACGUAUCUCCCAGCACUCAAAGUUAUCCAGAGAGACGCGCCUCACGCGUCAACGCGUCUUCUGA